AUGGCGGCGGCCCUCGCCAGCUCCCUGAUCCGACAGAAGCGUCAGGCCCGCGAGUCCAACAGCGAAAAGGUCACGACCAACAAGAGACGCACGAGUCCCACCAAAGACCCUCGCUCUAUUUGUGAGAGACACAUCUUCAGCGUCUUCAGCAAAGUUCGCUUCUGCAGCGGGAAGAAAAGACCCGUACGGCGGAAACCAGAGCCGCAGCUGAAGGGCAUCGUGACGCGUCUCUUCAGUGAGCAGGGUUUCUUCCUGCAGAUGCAGCCUGAUGGAGCCAUCAGUGGAAACAAGGACGAGAACAGCGACAACACUCUCUUUAAUCUGAUCCCGGUAGGUUUGAGGGUUGUGGCCAUCCAGGGAGUGAAGGCUGGACUCUAUGUGGCCAUGAACGCAGAGGGAUUCCUCUAUACAUCAGAUGUGUUCACAGCGGAGUGUAAGUUCAAGGAGUCGGUGUUUGAGAACUACUACGUCAUCUACUCGUCCACGCAGUACCGGCAGCACGAGUCGGGCCGGGCCUGGUUCCUGGGCCUCAACAAGGACGGAGUCAUCAUGAAGGGGAACCGCGUGAAGAAGACCAAACCCUGCUCACACUUUGUCCCCAGACCCAUCGAAGUCUGCAUGUAUAAGGAGCCGUCGCUUCACGAGCUGGAGGAGAAGCUGCUGAAGUCGUCGCGGAGCCCGACGAUCAACAGCGAGGAGCGGAGGGUGAUGAAGCAGCAGGAGGAGGAGCAGGAGGACCUCACAGAGCAGGACGGCUCAUAG